AUGGAUCCAAAAUGUGCUGUGUGCGAAAAAACUGCCUAUGCAACCGAGAGGAUCAUGGUUAAUGGUAAAGCUUAUCAUAAGCCAUGUUUUCGAUGUACGCACUGUAAAUCAGUGUUAAAAGCAAAAGUUGACGUCAAUUUGCUUGUAGGCCCGGUAAUUUCACCUCGAACGAUGGCAAAGUUUAUUGCAAGACACAUUAUAUGCAAUUGUUCAAAGUUAAAGGUAAUUACAAAAAAAGUAAGACAAGUUCGAAGUAAUAUGACAACAUUAGAUCAGCGUUAUCGUAUAGUUGGAGAUGUCGUUCUACGAGGGAAAGCGUCGUCGUCGGGGUUGAGUAAAGGAAAGAAAGUCGAAAUCGUGUAUGGAAACAAGAAAACAACAGACUUUGAUACGGUUUCAAUUAUACAAUCACGUCAACCACUUACACCUCAAUCGCCUUACUUUGUUGUCGAGGUUUACAAAUGCGAUCCGGAUGCGAUUUUAGCAGUUGGAAUCGCACCGCUCGAUCUCAAUACACAUACGGGUCAAUAUAACAAUUCUCUUGGAUAUCAUAACAAUACUGGAAGAGUCUAUACGUCAUGGAAAGUGCAUGCGAACACACUUGGCCUACAAUAUGGCAAAGUUUAUGUGACUUAUUUUGGCGAACAUCUAUCAACAGCGCUGCUUUAUUAUGAUAAUUUUCCUGUCGCCACAAGGUAUCAUUUUGAAACAAGUAAAGAGCGUUUCUUUCCAACUAUAACGUUUUCUGGUGGUCGUGUCGAAGUUGGAGUAUUGUGGCCGGAAGCUGUUGAACAAUUACCAGCUAUAACGGAUAUCCCUGUAUCUCAAUGGAUUCGGGCACCUAUGGGUACCUACGAUGCUCAAACAGGGUUUUUCGAAAAUCCAUCGCGAUUGGAAGAUUUACCGGUACAAUCACCUGUGCCGCUAGGCAAAUCUUUUCGUUAUUUCGUCGUUACACAACAAGAAGUUUCGCCGACCGAUGGAAAAGGUGCGAGUGUGGGCUUAGCAACUUAUUCUCCUUUGAAACCAACACCAACAUGUACAUUAAUGAAAGAUUAUUACACCUGGUUCGCUAAAAUGAAAAUGAAAGUUGGAAAUACCAUUGGUUGGGGUGUUUAUUAUGAUGAUAAUUGUGAAGAUGAUAAAGCUGAACAAUUGUGUUUGGUUUAUGUUAUGUUUAACAAAUUGAUCGUUGAUGUACUUUUUGUUUUACAACCAGAGGGAGGUUUUGUACCGAUUGUUUUACUUCAACCAUAUGCAACAAAAGUCUCGAUUGCGAAAAGAAAUAUGUUGACAGCUGAUGAAAUAACGAAAUUACAAGGGCUUUAUAAACAAAUGCUACGACCAGCGAUUGAUAUUUAUCGAAAAGAUAAAGCGGAACGCGAUUUACCUAUAAGUUUGUUUCGUAAAAGCGAUCAAGUUCUAUUGAAUAUUACUGAUCAAUCAUGCCGUAUAUCAAUACCAAAGACAGAAAAUUGCAUUCAUUAUGUUCAAUUUCGUCGACCACUCACUUCCGAACGACGAUUCUUCUUUGUGGAAUUAGAAAACAUCAGUCAGCAAUGUCAAGUGACUAUCGGUAUAUCUCCAUCCGAUCAUGCAUUAUAUGAAGCACCAGGUUUUUCCGAUGACACCGUUGGUUACAACACAUACACUGGAAAGUUUUAUUCAAAUCGCAAGGAUAUCGGAAAUAUGCGUGGACAUCGAUGUCAACAAGGCGAUACUGUUGGAUUAGAAAUUGAAACAUUCGAUAAAGAAAUGAGCGUGGUAUUAUUCAGUAAAAAUUUUCGACCUAUUGGCACUCGGUAUAUCACAUUACGGGAUCAUACACAAUUCUAUCCGACGAUCUUUAUUGAAAAUGCGGGCGAUCCGGUGGAAUUAUUAGUCCACUGGCAAACAAGAGUUUCUGUUCCACCACAUUAUAGCGUGAGAAAUCCUGAAGAUUGGUGUCUACCGGAAGGAACUAAAAUCGAUUUGAAAGAUAAAUUUUUUAUUUUACCGCAACAUUACGAUCGCUCGCUAUGUCUUCAAGCUCCUUACAGUUUACAUAAAAAAUACAAUCAUUUUGAAAUUGUUUUGGCUGAUAAGUUCAGCGAUAGUGAACCGCCACCAGCAAUUGCGUUGUGUACGGCUUCACCGCUUGAUCCACCACCAACGUCGCAAUUUAAACAAGACUAUUUACGAUUUUGGCCAACAGGAGAUGCUGCGAAAUAUUUGAAACAAGGCGAUAAGAUCGGCUGGGGAGUUUUGUUUCCUCAAGAUGAAGAAGGUAAAGCGGGCAAGAACAAUGAACAAUUGAUUAUCUGUUAUCUAACGGUUAAUCGAACUGUUGGUUAUGUUCGUGUUCUUUAUCAACCGGUCGGUGGUCUUUAUCCGGUUGUCAUCGCGCCACCAAAUGUUAAUCGUAUCAGAAUGGAUUUUUCGGCGACACGAAUCUCAACUCAAGAUUUCACACCCGAACAAAUAAAAACCAUUCUCGCCGAUGCCAAACAACAAAUCGAAGCCGAACAACAACGUCCAACAAAAAAAUCAGAUUUCAAAACCGAAAAAAAGAACAGUAUACAACCGAAUAAUAAUCUUCUCAUCAAUGGUCAUCAUUCAGAUAUGAAUUCAACUACAAAUUAUCAUUCGGAAUCCAAUGUUCCCGCAACAAAAUCUGCCGCUUGUAUCAUUCUUUGA